AUGCGCCGCGUUCGGACCAUUGCUGGCCAUGUCCAUGGCAACGGCGAGGGCCCGCUAUGGGCGGCGCUGAUGGAUUCGGGCCAUGACCCGCUGGCAAAGCCACGGUUGGGGUGCCGCUGCAGCGCAGACAAGUGGCAGUACGUUUGCAACUGUUAUCCAUGCCUCCUUCGAGCUGGACGCGAGGAGGACUUCGAGUGGACCCCUGGCAUGAUCGAUGCAAGGCCCGCGUCCCUGCCCUGGCAGUGGCGUCGCGCUGAAGGCUCCUUGAGCGUGGGCGCCUGCUCAGACCUGCCGAAGGAUCCACCUUCGAAGCAGGAGCCGCUGGUCACCGAGGAGCACGCCGGCGUGGUGCGCCUUCGACGAGAUGGUCAGCCCGCACCACUCGGGCCAGCAGCCCCGUCGGUUCACCCUCGCUUCGCCGGCAUCGCCACCUUCGCGCGGCUUCCGCAACUCCACGAGCUCCGCAGCUUCGUCGGUGCAGUCUCGGAGACCAGAGCCACGCUGGAGGUGAGGUCUUCGGCUUCCGGUGCUGCUGAGAGCACGGUGUGCUUGAGUGGCCCCUGGCAUGACGUGGGUUCUUCGACUCUGUCGCUGCCAGUGACCUGUGAGGAUGGCUGUGUCCACAUCCGAUCAGCUGGUGGUCAGAAGACUUUGGGCCUCUGGGCUCUGCCCUCGGGCCGCUGGCAUCGCGUGUCGGGAGCUGUGGACCUGCGCCUCACCCGCCUGCCGAGAGAGCAGUUCGACAUUGCCUUCCUGGGUGUUCCCUUCGACUCCGGCUGCAGCUUCCGCCCGGGGGCGCGUUUCGGCCCCGAGGCGAUCCGCAGCAACUCGCGGCUCAUCCGGCCCUACAUGAUCACGCAGCAGCAACGCCCGCUGCUGGACAGGCAAGUGGUGGACACAGGCGAUGCGUCUCCCACGCCUUUCAACAUCCAACAGGCAGUGGAGGAGAUCCACGCUGCUUGCAGGCAGAGGCUCGAGAUGGCGCGGCGCCUCGUCGUGGUGGGGGGUGACCACACCCUCAGUUAUCCAGUUAUCAAAGCGGUGGCCGAGAAGUUUGGUCCUGUGGUGCUGGGGCAGGGUGUUGAUGUUUCUGCAGUCCUUCUCCUCGCUUCUAUCAGCCUGGAGCUGAUGACAAAGGUGCACUUUGACUCCCACUUGGACACCUUUCCGCCCAUGCUCCCUGGCCGUUGUUGGUCCCGCGAUUCAUGCAAAAACCUUGCACUGACCACAAUACUGAGUAUCAACAAGUUCUUCCCACAUGGCAUGGUUCCCGUGGUUUUCCAUACCUAA